GCAUUGAUUUGUUUAGAAUUUUGCGGUAAAUAACACUGCAGCAAAUCUUUUUACUAUGUUUCAGCUCUCAUAGCGCAUACUCGAUUUUGUCGUAUCAUUCUUGAUAUGGGAAAUUAAAUAUCAAAGUCCAACCUUUGCAUGGUUCUUUGCAUUCUGUCCCCCAACUAAGGAUCAUUCCCCUGUUUAAGUUAUUCCCAUAUAAUGGCGUUUCUCUCCGUUUUACUUGCGAGUUUUAGUUCCUACGCCAUUACGUCUUUAGUAUUGCUUCACUACCCCCAACUUCUUCACAAGCCCAAAACGUCCAGAAAAAUCAAACACAUUAGUCACCGAGGGGGUGCAGGUGAAAACUAUGAGAACACCUUGACCGCUUUUGCUCAUGCUGUUAAACUUGGAACGGACAUGCUAGAACUUGAUUGCCACAUAACAAAGGAUAAGCAAGUUGUUGUAGCUCAUGAUCCAUCAUUGUUGAGAAUUGCUGGAAUUGAUGCACUUAUUGAAGAUCUUAAUUAUCAUCAACUUCCGCUCAUUAAAACAAGCCUGAAUAUUGAUUUUGAACCUGGCAAAUAUUUUACUGGAGAAGAGGAUGAAACCCAUCGCAAAAUUCCGCUUUUGAAACAUGUUUUUGAGUCAUUCCCCGGUGUGGUAGUGAACAUUGAUGUUAAACAAGGCGGUGAUGAGUUGAUAGAAGAAAUUGACAAGCUCAUUACUGCGCACAACAGAGAAAAGUCAACCAUAUGGGGAAGCUUCAAAGAAGAAUCUAGCCUAAAGUGCUACUAUCAGAAUCCGGAAGUCGGGCGCUAUUUUUCGUUGACGGGAGUUCUCAAACUUUAUUUGUACUUCUUUACGGGUCUUCUUCCAUUUAUUUCACUGAAAGAAACGCAUCUUGAAAUUCCUCUCUACACGUCCAAAGAAACUAGUCACUUGUCUCGGCGUCAACAAUUAAUUCUGCGGCUUGCAAAGUUCCUAAUAAUCCGACCUGCACUUUUUCGGCAUCUGAACAAGCGAGGAAUUCCGACUUACGCUUGGGUGCUAAACACGGAAAGUGAGUUCCAAUUGGCUCUUGAUGCCGGAGUCAAUGGAAUUAUGACUGACUAUCCAAGCAAGCUACGCAACUUCUUUCUCAAUCAAUGUGGUUAAUCUAUAAAUAAUCAGUAUCGUAUCGUAACAAGCAGCACAACAGUAUUGUCAAGACCUUUCGGUCAUUGUUUGAUUUUAUCCGUGUCAUGGAAAAUUGUAGAGCUUUCAAUACAGCACGCACAUUCUCGACUGCAA